AUGGAUACGAUUGCAUCGAAAAUAAUCUGUUAUUGUAUUUUGGGAUUUGGACUACUGAGUGUCAAAAUUAUAUGGCUGAUUUACAUUUUCUAUCAAAAAGACAUCGUUAAUAUUGCAAACGAUUUGCACAUCCUGGACAAUAACAUCAAAAAAUGCAAAUUUUACUCACCGGAAAAGGACUAUCUUAUGUACUUAGUAUUCAUUGGCAACUUCGUUAUUUGCAAUGGCGUAUUUUUAUUUGAAUUUUUUUUAUACUUUUCGAUUACACAGCCAUUGUGGGCAAUUCCUUAUGUAAUUAGCAGCUGGACUUUGACUCAGUACACGCUUUUUUUGGACAGCAUUCUUCUACGAUUUCGAAAUUUGAACAACAUGAUUCUGAAACUUGGAAAUAUCAAUACUGAAUUUGAGUUCGAUUCGAUUCAUGUUCCAAGAGUUACUGUCAGUGAAUCGACAAUUAUCAAUGCUGUGCAGAUGAUUAAUUAUAACCACACAAGCCUAUGUGAAAUCAGCAGAAAAGUUGCCGAAUUUUACGCACUUCCUACCUUAGUAGCAAUUCUCUAUUUCGUGGCAACUGCUACGUAUAAUUUGUACUACAUAUUAAAACCGUUUGUUACGAAUAACAAAUACGAAGAGUUUUCAAUUUUCGUUUACAUCGAAACCAGUUCAACGUUUUUGAUGACGUUUUUUGACUUUCUUGCACUGAUUACAAAUACCAUCAGAAUUUCGAGAGAAGUUAAAAAUAUCGCUUUAAGCGUUCAUUUACUUUUGGACCGAUGUAAGGAAUAUCCUAGAGUUAGAAACACGAUUGCUGGUACAAUUGUGACGUAUCUUCUUAUUCUUGUACAAUUUCGGCUGAUAUAA